AUGUCUUGGCUCUUGAAGAAAAUCGUUCACAAUGAGGCAAUGAGAGAGGACCCCAAGGAGAUCUAUGGAUGGAGAGUCUUUGCGCUUGCUGGCUCGGCCUGUUUUGGUGGAAUGCUCUUUGGCAUGGACUCCGGUAUUAUUGGCGGAGUUCUCGUAAUGCCAGGAUUCAAGAAGACAUACGGCCUGGGAGGUCUCGACAAAGUCGAGGCAGCCAAUCUGUCAGCGAACAUUGUGUCCACGCUCCAAGCAGGAUGUUUCUUCGGAGCUCUCAUUGCCUCCCCAGUUGCUGAGAAAUGGGGUAGAAAGGUUGGUUUGAUCGGCGCAGCGGUGGUGGCUAUACUGGGGAUUUUCAUGCAAACUGCAGCCAGUGGUCACAUUGAAGCCAUGUACAUCGGACGACUAAUCACUGGCUUCGGAGUUGGCGCUGCAUCUAUGAUCAACCCACUCUACGUCUCUGAGAACGCGCCGCGCGCCAUUCGUGGCGGUCUGACUGGUCUAUACCAGCUUUUCAUUACAAUGGGCAUCAUGCUCGCGUUCUGGGUCAAUUACGGCUCGCUGCUGCACAUCAAGGGUUCUGCAAUGUACCUCGUUCCACUGGCACUGCAAGGCCUCCCUGCAGUGCUCUUGCUAUGUGGCAUGUUACUGUGCAACGAGUCCCCCCGCUGGUUGGCCAAACAAGACCGAUGGGAAGAAGCCCGCGCAACGCUCUCUCGAGUCCGCAACCUGCCCCCUGACCACCCAUACGUCGAAGAGGAGUUCCAGGCUAUUGCCAACCAGCUGGAACAAGAGCGCGCUCUAGUCGGCGGGUCAGGAUUCUGGGACUUGAUGAGAGAGAUGUGGCUGAUUCCAGGGAAUCGCAAGCGCGCAAUCAUCUCCAUCGUCCUAAUGAUUUGCCAACAGAUGACCGGAACCAACGCGAUUAACUACUACGCACCCCAAAUCUUCGAAAACCUCGGCGUAACCGGAAACGCAACCAAUCUCUUCGCAACCGGUGUUUACGGCAUUGUCAAGAUGGUCGGCUGCGGCGUGUUCCUAAUUUUCGUUGCGGACUCGCUUGGUCGACGCCGCUCCCUCCUCUGGACAUCCAUCGCACAGGGUCUGGCAAUGCUCUAUAUCGGAUUAUAUGUGCGCAUCGCACCACCCGUUAAGGACGCACCCGUCAUCCCUGCCGGCUAUGUUGCACUAGUGUGCAUUUUCCUAUUCGCGGCCUUCUUCCAAUUCGGAUGGGGACCCGUCUGCUGGAUCUAUGUCUCUGAGAUCCCGACUGCCAGGUUGCGGUCACUGAAUGUUUCGUUUGGAGCAGCGACGCAGUGGUUGUUCAACUUUGUUGUUGCGAGGGCUGUGCCGAAUAUGUUGGCGACGGUUGGUGCGAAUGGUUACGGAACUUAUCUUAUCUUUGCUUCCUUCUGUUUCUCGAUGUUUGUCUUUGUCUGGUUCUUUAUCCCAGAGACGAAGGGUCUGUCUCUUGAGAAGAUGGAUGAGCUCUUUGGUGUCACGCAGCUGGUUGCGCAGAAGGAAGCUGACGCCGAGCGUGGCUCGAUUGGCGAUGGAACGAGUAAGAUGUCUCAGUCGCAUGUUGAAAGGGUGGCUUCGUAG